AAAAUAGGGUGGAUAUGGGGAUUCUGGAUAUCGCCUAUAAUGUAUGCACAAAAUGGCUUAGUGAAUAACGAGUUCCUAGGGAAGACAUGGAGAAAGGUUCUUCCUAACUCGACAAACCCGCUAGGAGUUGAAGUUUUGAAAUCCCGUGGGUUCUUUACAGAGCCGUACUGGUAUUGGAUAUGUUUCGGGGCAUUGAUUGGAUAUACAUUAUUGUUCAACUUGGGUUACAUUCUUGCUCUAACAUACUUAAAUCGUAAGUUUCUUUACAUUAAUUAGAAUAUAUUAUAACAAAGAUGAGCCUAAAAUAUGAAUUAAUAUUGCAAACUAAUUAUGCAGCAAUUGAGAAGCACCAGGUUGUGAAAUCAGAGCAAUCUCAAAGUAGUGAGGAGAAUGGUCUAAGUAAAAGUGGAAUGGUUCUUCCUUUUGAACCACAUUGUAUAACCUUUGAUGAAGUCUCGUAUUCUGUAGACAUGCCUCAGGUAACACAUAUUUAUUCAAAUGAAAAAGGUUUGCAUUCCACUCUCAGUUCUUAAUUUUUAAAUGGGUUUCAUUAAACUUGAAGGAAAUGAGGAGUCAGGGUGUCCUCGAAGAUAAGUUGGUUCUUUUGAAUGGUGUUAGUGGAGCUUUUAGACCAGGUGUUCUCACUGCACUAAUGGGUGUCACCGGUGCCGGAAAAACAACUUUGAUGGAUGUACUUGCUGGUAGAAAAACUGGGGGAUAUAUUACUGGAAACAUCACAAUUUCUGGGUAUCCUAAAAAGCAAGAAACCUUUGCAAGAAUUUCUGGAUACUGUGAACAAAAUGAUAUACACUCUCCUCAUAUUACUGUCUAUGAAUCCUUGCUCUAUUCAGCAUGGCUCCGAUUGCCGGAGGAAAUCAAUACAGAAACUAGGAAGGUGUUCGUUGAGGAAGUCAUGGAGCUAGUGGAGCUGAACCCGCUAAGGGAUGCAUAUGUUGGUCUCCCUGGUAUUAACGGUCUCUCAACUGAACAGCGUAAAAGAUUGACUAUUGCAGUUGAGCUGGUGGGUAAUCCUUCUAUCAUAUUCAUGGAUGAGCCUACUUCUGGGCUAGAUGCUAGAGCUGCAGCUAUUGUUAUGAGAGCAGUUAGGAACAUAGCAGACACAGGAAGAACAAUUGUGUGUACCAUUCACCAGCCUAGCAUUGAUAUCUUUGAAUCUUUCGACGAGGUAAACAAGAGCAAAAGUUCAUAACAAUUUAUUGUUAGUUUGUUUUCUUCUUUUAAAAAGAUUUUGAUCUUUAUUUUCAAUGAAAUUAAGCUUUUCUUAAUGAAACGAGGAGGACAAGAGAUAUAUGUGGGGCCACUAGGACGUCAUUCUUCACAUUUAAUUAACUACUUUGAGGUAGAAUUAUUCUGAAUAUUUUUGGAAUUGAAGUGCGUGUUUUACAUCUAUAAUCUAUCGUAGCAUGAAACUUACAUUCGGGCACACUUUUUUCGUAAAGAGAAUUCAAGGCCUCGGUAAGAUUAAAGAUGGCUGCAACCCAGCAACUUGGAUGUUGGAAGUUACGAGUUCAGCUAAAGAAAUGGAAAUGGAGAUUAAUUUUGCUGAGGUGUACAAAAGUUCAGAAUUGUACAGGUAUUUUCUAAUUUGUGAAGUAUUGAAGUUGAAACAAUAUGUCAGAUAGCAAAUAACUGCAAAAAGCAGAGGUUAUUUUUUUUUUUUUUUGACAAACAUGCACAGGUUAUUUAAUUAGAAACGUAUGUGUCAUUUUUUAUAGGAGAAACAAAGCUAUUAUUGAAGAAUUGAGCAAUCCAUAUCCUGGUUCAAAGUGCCUUUAUUUUCCUUCGAAGUACUCGAGGUCCUUUUUUACCCAAUGUAUGGCUUGUUUAUGGAAACAACAUUGGUCUUACUGGCGCAAUCCGUUGUACAAUUCAAUAAGGUUUAUCUUCACAAUCGCUGUCGCCUUGUUGCUUGGGGGCAUCUACUGGAAAGUUUCCUCCAAAAUGUAAUAAUAACCAACUUGAAAUUACUAGGUGUUGUAUAUGGCUUUCAAAGUUUUGCUUCCAUUUAUUCUAAACGUUAAUUUCUUAUUUCAGUGAAAACCAAAAAGAUUUCUUUAAUGCCAUGGGCUUUCUGUAUACUGCUACUUUGGUUAUUGGUGUCAAGAAUUGCAAUUCAGUGCAACCACUGGUAGGUAUAGAGAGAGUAGUCUUUUAUAGGGAAAGGGCUGCAGGAAUGUAUUCAGCAUUGGCAUAUGCUGUUUCUCAGGCAAGUGUUGAAAUAGUCUUUAUGUACAUAGUCCCAUGUAUGUAAAUAAAUUUUUGUCUUAUUUUCUAAUCUUCAACUUUUCUUUCAUGUAGGCUCUAAUUGAAGUCCCUUAUAAUCUUGUGCAAGCUGUGGUUUAUGGGAUUAUGGUUUAUUCAAUGCUUGGUUAUGAGUGGAGCGUCACUAAAUUUUUAUGGUACAUCUUUUUCAUGUUCUUCACCUUCCUUUACUCUACCUACUUUGGCAUGAUGACAACAGCCAUGGCCCCAAACCUAGCUAUAACUGCUUUGCUCAGUAGUGCAUUCAAUUCAUUCUUUAAUCUCUUCUCUGGAUUCUUAAUCCCACAAACAGUAAGUUUUAGCUUCUGUUUGUUAACUGCACAGAUUUGUACUGUACAAAUAAUUAAUUGAUCUUUUGUUUCUUUUUAAUAAUUUUCUAAAAUGGGCUUGUAGAGGAUCCCUAUAUGGUGGAGAUGGUUUUAUUGGAUAAAUCCAGCAGCUUGGACUCUAAAUGGGCUAGUGACUUCACAAUUUGGAGAUAGAAAGGACAGUUUGGAUUUUAAUGGAAGAAUUGUUCCAAUACAAGACUUUUUGCGGAAUUACUUUGGUUUCAAGUAUGAAUUUUUAGGAAUUGUUGCAGUUAUAGUUGUUGGAUUUACAAUAGGUUUUGUAUUGAUCUUUGCCAUAUGCAUCAAGAAAUUAAAUUUUCAACGACGCUGAGAGUUGUUGAAUAUUAGUGUAGAAUCAACCAUUGUAUUAUAUGAGUAAUAAUGAAAACUUGCAAUUUACAACUAAAAAAACAAAGCAGAUGUGGAUUAAUAUUUAAUAUCAUGCUUUAGAGUUAUAAUUUUUUUUUCUCUUUUUCUUUAUCUUUGUGGUGUUGUUAGGGAUACAAGUUAAUUGCUGAUAUAGUGGAAGGUUUUUAGGAUCAAUAGCUAAGAUAGGAGUUGUAAGUUGUAACUGCUUAUAGAGAUGUUUUUGAGUUUUAAAAUGUAUGAAGUAUUAAAGUUAUGACCCCCAAGACAACAAGAAUAAUAUUUCCAAAGGGAUCAUCUCUAAAAGGACAACUAGUGUUUGUCUCUAACAUGUUAGCUGUAAAAUCCACAGGCAGCAUUGACUGUGAAAAUCGGCUAAUUAUCUGGCCGAUGCUAAAUAGACGCUAGACGGACUCCAGUCCCCUUUUAGCCAAAUUGGCGAAGAUAUAAGGAAUAGUUAGAAUUGGCUUAGUUCACACCAAUCAGUGUUGGUUUAGCCCAUGCUAGUCAUCGUUUAUUUGGCUUGCUCUUAAUUAGGUGUUGGCCUUUACUGUUGGCCAAGCCCGCACAAAAUAUAUUUAAAAAAACGGAAAGAAAAACGAAAACCCUAACUUUUCAGGCAACAUUUUCAUUAUCAGCAUUGCUUAUCAAAGAGAAGCCAAACUUAAAGACUUUAAAGAGACACAGACAGUGCAUAAAAGCAAGAAAGAAUAU